AAGAUUUACUUGCACAACCAGAGUUUGCUAAACAGCAAAUAGGUGUAACUCUCUCCACAUUCCUUCUUCUAACAGAUGAAAAAAAUUCUUCAUCCUGCUCUGAGAACAAACAGUGCAAUGGCAUUAUUCUCAGUGAUCCUGUUCCUGGUUGCUAUGCUGCUUCCAUCUUUCCCUGUAAAAGGGAAUGAGAAACGAGUGUUUGCUGCAUUGUCGACCACCCUACCAGAAGUCCAAAAGGAGAUUGUAAAUAAACACAAUGAACUCAGGAGAGCAGUCUCUCCAAGUGCCAGUGACAUGCUAAAGAUGGAAUGGAGUAGGGCAGCUGCAAAGAAGGCCCAAGCCUGGGCAGACCAGUGCCAGUACCGUCACAGUAGGAAAGAAGACCGAAAACUCAAUGUAGGCUGUGGUGAGAACCUCUUUAUGUCAAGUGCUCCCUUUUCAUGGUCAUCUGCAAUCCAAGGGUGGUAUGAUGAGAGAAGAAAUUUUAUCUUCAAUGUAGGGCCAAAGACACCCGAUGCAGUAAUUGGACACUAUACUCAGGUGGUUUGGUACUCCUCUUCCCGUGUGGGAUGUGGAAUUGCUCACUGUCCUAGGAACCCAGUUUUCAAAUACUACAUGGUUUGCCAUUACUGUCCUGCUGGUAAUUAUGUGGCAAGACGAUAUGCCCCUUACAAGCAAGGACCCCAUUGUGCCAGUUGCCCUGAUCACUGUGAGGACAGACUAUGCACCAAUGGUUGUGAUUAUGAAAAUAGAUAUUCCAACUGUGAAGAUUUGAAAAAUAAAGUAACCUGUAGUCAUCCAAUGGUCAAGAACAAUUGCCAGGCCUCCUGCUAUUGUGAAGGCAAAAUUUAUUAACUGCCAGUACACAUGAGCGGGGCUGUGUGAAGAAGGGCCACAUCACCUACUUAGAUUUGACCUGUACUACUAGGGAAAUUAUAAGAAUAGUGGUUACAUAUUUGACUCCAAAUAAUAAAGAAUCUUUUUUCUGGAUCUGCUUCUUGUUUUACAGAAAUCACUUUUAUGAAAAGAAUUAAAAAGUAAAAAAAAAAAUCUGUCAUAACAACUUUGAGUUAUGAUACUUUUAUGAUUUAAAUUAAAUGAAUUUAAUAAAGAUGAUGAUUCUAAAAGCUUCAUUUUCCAAUGAUUAAAGCCUCUAAAACAUUGGGCUAAAAUUGAGAAUGAUGUUACCACAACACAAUGUUACUAAAAUAAAAACAGUUUAUUGUCACAUUGUCACAUGGAUCUCGGGCUGUACUUUUUUUUGUAGCUCCACCUAGAUAAGCAUCUCCAAUGAAGUGCCCGUAUGUGCUGUCUUUAAUUCCUCUUUGCCACACACUUUCCUCCCACUCAUCUGGAUUUCAACCUUGCAAUUAACUUGCAACUGUUAUUCCCAAAUUAACCCUGACUUUCAUCAUGUAAAAGUCAGUGAAGACUUUUGGUUAUUCACCUGCAUAAAUUCCACAGUACAGUAUGAUCACACCUUCCCUUAAAGCUUCCUUAAGAAAGAAUUCAAAAUAAUAUAUAUACAUACUUUUCCCUCAAGAAUUGAAGCUCAGCACUCCUCCCACCUCAGCUUUUGAAUCUGCACUGAAUUUAGUGACUCACUUUCAAAACUAGAGCAUGGGAAGAAAAAAUAAUAGUCACUUUGGAGAAAUAUGGCACAUACCAUCUUAACCAGUAAUCUAUAUAUAGUCCAGUCUCUUUCAUUAAGAUUUUUGUUGUUCCCUUUGUAAAUACCCUUUUAAAAAUACAAUUUUUAGAGCAUUUUUCUUGUUCCAUGUGACUGUUUCCAUAAUUUGGAGUCUAGGGAAAAUAAAAACCUAAUCUGAGCAAAACAUCAAUCCUUUUCUAGCACUAAUUUAAAAUGAUGGUGUUUUUUUUAAAAUAAUAUAUUUUAUGUUUUUACUGUCUUAGUAAUCCUGUUGCAUUAACAUUAAAUUUCUUUUUUCAACCUUAAAUUUCUUAAUUCUCAUGCCAUGAUUUGGUUCUCUUUAAUGUGUAUCUCAACUAAUUGCCAAUAAACAAUCUGUGGAAAACGA